GUUAAAGGUGAAGUUGAAGAUGGCGUCGACUGUGGAGCAUGAGGCCGACGUGGGAGGGAUCGCAGAAACUUUCAAACAACUGGGAGUGACAGAUGUACUGUGUGAAGCAUGCAGUCAGUUAGGAUGGAAGAUGCCAACAAAGAUCCAAGUAGAAGCUAUUCCAGUUGCACUCCAAGGUCGGGACAUCAUUGGCUUAGCAGAGACAGGAUCUGGAAAAACAGGGGCAUUUGCUUUGCCUAUCCUUCAGGCAUUAUUAGAAACUCCCCAGCGCUUCUUUGCUCUGGUACUCACACCCACCCGAGAGUUAGCCUUUCAGAUCUCUGAACAGUUUGAGGCUCUUGGAUCUUCCAUUGGUGUCCAGAGUGCUGUUAUUGUUGGAGGAAUUGACAUGAUGUCCCAAUCUCUGGCCCUAGCCAAGAAGCCCCAUGUAAUAAUUGCUACACCUGGUCGCCUUAUUGAUCAUCUUGAGAAUACAAAGGGUUUCAAUCUUAGAGCUCUGAAAUACCUAGUUAUGGAUGAAGCUGAUCGGAUCCUCAACAUGGAUUUUGAAACAGAGGUAGAUAAGAUCCUGAAAGUAAUUCCCAGAGAUAGGAAGACAUUUCUCUUUUCUGCUACAAUGACUAAAAAGGUGCAAAAACUCCAGCGUGCAGCCCUUAAAGACCCUGUUAAAUGUGCAGUGUCAUCAAAGUAUCAGACAGUUGAAAAACUUCAGCAAUACUAUAUUUUUAUUCCUUCCAAGUUCAAGGAUAGUUAUCUUGUGUAUAUUCUGAAUGAACUUGCUGGCAACUCAUUCAUGAUAUUCUGCAGUACAUGCAACAAUACUCAGAGGACGGCGCUCUUGCUUCGAAAUUUGGGCUUUACUGCUAUUCCCCUCCAUGGACAGAUGAGCCAGAAUAAACGAUUAGGGUCACUGAACAAAUUCAAGGCGAAAGCACGUUCCAUCUUGUUGGCUACUGAUGUUGCAAGUAGAGGCCUUGACAUCCCCCAUGUUGAUGUAGUGAUAAACUUUGACAUUCCUACCCAUUCCAAGGAUUACAUUCAUCGAGUAGGGAGAACAGCUCGAGCUGGACGAUCUGGUAAAUCAAUCACCUUUGUGACACAGUAUGAUGUGGAGCUCUUCCAGCGCAUUGAGCACCUGAUUGGCAAAAAGCUGCCAGCAUUUCCCACCCAAGAAGAAGAGGUCAUGAUGUUGACCGAGCGUGUGGCUGAAGCCCAGAGAUUUGCUCGCAUGGAAUUGCGGCAACAAGGGGAAAAGAAGAAACGCUCUCGAGAAGAGACAAAUGAUGAUGAUGAUGCAGAAGGAGCGUUGGGAGUCAGGAACAAAGUUGCUGGUGGAAAAAAGAAAAAAUGGAAAGUUGAGAAAUAAAUAUCAUCAGACUGUAUUUCUCCAUAUUUUUAUGCAGUUUGGAAUCUUGGAAUCGUCAGUCCAACAUUAUCAGAAUGACUUUAUGGGCUGUUAUGGAGAGCAUCUCAGCAAAUUUAGCAGUCUAACUUCAUGGAUACUAGAAAUGAUUCUCCUUGCAAGCUUGGGAAACCUCUCUUACCAUUAGAGGAGUCUUUUUAUUCUCCAGCAGCAGUUGUGCAGCAUUCCUCUGAAGAAAGCAAGAGAGAACAGGUU